AGCGCAAACAACCAUCUUGGCGCUGGAAGAGUCCUUGGAGAUGACCUGCAGCCAAAGCGAUCACAUGAAAGAGUGCCUGGAGAAAUCCGAGGCCGCCCUGGAGCAAAAGAAGCAGCAGCUCGGCGGGGCCGUGGAAGAAUGCAAUGCGACCUACGACCGCCUGGAGGAGAUCGAGGCUGCUCUCAUUCAAGAGCGAGAGCUCCGAGCAGCGGCCGAGACGACGAGCUCGCAGUGGAAGAAGGAAUUCAACGAACUUGCGGAGCAGGUGACGGCGGAGCGACCAGUCAGUCAGGAAAAGCUGACAGAUGACUAUCUCUUCACCGAGGUGAAAAAGCUCGACUUUAACAUCAAGAAGUUUGCGCAGCUGUACUUCGGCAAUGAGCACUUUCAUGGCGCCGCGCGUGACUUCAGCAUCUCAUUGGCUACGUCGCAAGCCGGCGUGAAGGAGAUGGCUGUUGUUAGGACACUGCCUGGGGGUUGCUUCCGGGUUGCUCAGGCGGCCCUGUGGUCGCUGCUGGUUCGCUCGGUCUUCGGAAAGUAUUUGUGGUGUCUUGACGGUGAGGAGAAAUCGCUAAGUGAUGCCUUUCGAAAGGCAGAGACAUGCAUGAUGGCGUUGAUAAAACGCUCAAAUCCCGAGAAGAUCCAGCUGGACGCCGAGCACAAGUUCCACGACUGGAAAGCGCACGCCACCCGCCACUGUCUUCAGAGCUCCCGCACUGAUGAUGACGCCGUCAACUCCUCGGAUGAGCUUAACAGUCAACUCCUGAACAUUGUGCGUGGGUGGCUCAGGCCGCAGCAACGCUGGUCCAUCGACAACGCUGCGUUCGCCCGGGCGCUUGCCGGCAUCCUGGACCAGUCGCUGAAGAUCGACAAGGAGAUUAGCAGACAGCCGACGGCUGUCAAGUGGCUGCUUCCCGAAAUGUCAACACGCUUCAACUUCGAUCCUUCGUUGAUGGAGGAGGUAGAUGACAAGUCCACAGACCUGCCACGCCGGGCGGUCUUCGUUUGCGUCUCCCCGGGUCUGAUGCGGCGCGGCACCUCCUCAGGCGGAAACUUCGACAAUGAGAGGCUUAUUAUACCUGUUGGGGUGUCCGUAGGUGCCGUCACGUUGGUUCGGAACGUCGAAGGGGUCCGGCGACUCGGAGGUCGGUUCUAGCCGCAUUCAUGGCGCUGCUGAUCCAGACCCAGAGAACGUCGCCAAAGCCUAUGGUUGUUUCCAUGAGCUCGUGCUUGUUCAUUAUCUCUAGCAGUUUCCUCCAUUGGUAAUCGAGUUCGGAACAUUUGCGAGCUGGUUCAUAAGGGGUUGACUCUUUAUCUUUCUACUUUCCUUCUACCUUUUUCUUGCGCUCACUUUCCCGCUCCCCUUCCUGCUCCCUAAUGAUUCUGGAGGCUUUCCGUGGCGUUGAUUUUACGAUGAUCCAAUGCGUUGAGUUUUCUUUUCUACUUUUACCCUGCCAAAUUGCUUUUCCUCUCAUUUUUCAUGUCUUGAGGGCCUACAUUUUCGUGGAAGCCAUCUCCGAAAGGCAGCUGGAGC